AUGGUUCCCAAUGCCACAACCACUGCGCACCAUGCGUCGAUACCCGCAGAUGUGAUGAUUUUUAAUGUACUCAACGGAGAUAGUUGCACUGAGUUUCGGUCGAAACAUCGGCUCGGGUCAGCCCCAUCAAUUGAUCCAGCUCGAUCUGACACAACCCAAUUAGCAACUAGACCCUACAACAGGUCAACUCAAUACGAACUCGGGCGAGUUGCACCGUUGCCGAAUCGUUUCUCAUGCCAUCCUUUAGAAGGUUGUUCAAUCAAUCUCGGGGGUUUCGGCUACGUUGACUUGCAAAUGGAGAUUAUCACAAUGCCAACUAAACAAGAGCCGAUUGAGAGGCGUUUGUUGCAACAGGAGAAACGAAAAGCCAGCAGCGGUGCAACUGCCUUCAUCCAGUUUGCAAAAGCCGUUAUCGAGCCUUGUGGUUACGAACUGACGAGCAUCUCAAUUCAGCCUUGUUCAACCAACCCAAGGCUGAAUCCGAGACGAUCAUUUCAACCGGUGAGUAAGUGGGCCUCGGAAGUGAGCGUCUCAUUCAUUCAUUAA